AUGGGCACCAGGGCAGUGGUCAUGCGCUCUUCUGUGUGGGGGCUGCUGGGCUUCUAUUUCCUCUCUGGCUGGGCUCUAGGAGGUCCAAGGUUGCCCCGCUCUCUGCCUCCACUGUCUUCCCAAGCCAAGCCAGGAUCGGUGUCCGCGUGGGAGCUCCCACAGGGGGCUGAAGCAGCCCUAGCUUUUCUGUACUCUGGAGAGGCCCAACAGUUGUUGGGGGCAAAUUGCAGUGAACGCUUUGAAGCUCAUGGGGCAGAAGCAAAGCCAAGACUUCCCCCAAUUCUACAGAGAGCAGCGGGCACCCUGACUCAAGCCGCCAACUUUCUCAACAUGCUUUUGCAAGCCAACGACAUCCGUGAGUCCAGUGUAGAGGAGGAUGUGGAGUGGUACCAGGCCCUGGUCCGCAGUGUGGCUGAGGGAGACCCAAGGGCCUACAGAGCUUUGUUGACCUUUAACCCUCCACCAGGGGCCAGCCACCUACAGCUGGCCCUGCAAGCCACCCGAAUGGGAGAGGAGACCAUCCUUCAAGACUUAUCUGGGAACAGGGUACAAGAAGAGAACCCAGCUGGAGACAUGGAGAACCCUAAUCUACAGAAACGGGUGCUAACCAAUGACCUAAGGAGCCUCAACAGUCCCAAGUGGCCACGGGGAGAUGGCUAUGUGGGGGACAUACAGCAGGUGAGGCUGUCCCCUCCCUUCCUGGAAUGCCAGGAAGGCCGGCUCCGUCCUGGCUGGCUGGUCACUCUCACUGCCACCUUCUAUGGACUCAAGCCAGACCUUAGUCCAGAGGUCAGAGGCCAGGUGCAGAUGGACAUAGAUCUCCAGAGUGUGGACAUCAAUCAGUGUGCAAGUGGCCCAGGCUGGUACUCCAACACACACCUGUGUGAUCUCAACAGCACCCAGUGUGUCCCCCUGGAGAGUCAGGGUUUUGUCCUUGGCCGCUACCUCUGCCACUGCCGACCUGGAUUCUACGGGGCAAGCGGCUCUGGGGGGUUAGAGAGUGCUACGCAGACAACCAGGCAAUUUGGGUCCCCACAGAGCAACUCAGGGAAGCUAUUGCGAUGCCAGCCAUGUUCUGAGGGCUGCACCAGCUGCAUGGACGCAACACCAUGCCUAGUGGAAGAAGCCCCGGCACUGAGGGCGGCAGUGCUGGCCUGCCAGGCCUGCUUCAUGUUAGCCGUCUUCUUGAGCAUGCUGGUUUCCUACCGCUGCCGCUGGAGCAAGAGGAUCCGAGCAUCUGGAGUUGUCCUGCUGGAAGCCAUCCUUUUUGGAUCCUUGCUUCUCUACUUUCCUGUCUUCAUUCUGUACUUCAAGCCCAGUGUAUUCCGCUGCAUUGCUCUCCGCUGGGUCCGGCUACUGGGUUUUGCCAUCGUCUAUGGAACCGUCAUAUUAAAGCUUUAUAGAGUACUACAGCUGUUUUUGUCUCGAACUGCCCAGAGGGGGCCACACCUGAGCAGUGGGCAGCUACUGCGGCGCUUGGGGCUGCUCCUAUUGCUUGUGCUGGGCUUCCUGUGUGUGUGGACGGCGGGUGUCCUGGAGCGAGGCACCCAGCACAUACCUCUGGUGACCCGAGGCCACACGCCUACUGGCCGACACUUCUACCUCUGUCAUCAUGACCGCUGGGAUUACAUUAUGGUUGUGGCUGAGAUCCUUCUGCUAUGCUGGGGCAGCUUCCUGUGCUACGCCACCCGGGCUGUCCCUUCAGCCUUCCAUGAGCCACGCUACAUGGGCAUCGCGCUGCACAACGAGCUGCUGCUCUCUGCUGCCUUCCACACGGCCAGGUUUGUGCUGGUUCCCUCCCUGAACCCAGACUGGACCCUCCUCCUCUUCUUCUUCCACACCCACAGCACAGUCACUGCCACACUGGCUCUGAUCUUCAUCCCUAAGUUCCAGAAGCCAGGAGCACCUCCCCGGGAAGAGAUCUUGGAUGAGGUAUAUGAGGAUGAGCUGGACCUUCAGCGCUCGGGAUCCUACCUGAACAGUAGCAUUGCCUCAGCCUGGAGUGAGCGCAGUCUGGACCCAGGGGACAUCCGGGACGAGUUGAAGAAGCUCUAUGCCCAGCUAGAGGUCCGUAAGACCAAGGAAAUGGCCGCUAAUAAUCCUCACCUGCCUAAGAAGCGGGGCAGCUCACGCCAAGGGCUGGGCCGCUCCUUCAUGAGGUACCUGGCUGAGUUCCCUGAGUCCCUGACCCGGCAGCACUCUCGGGACUCGGGCUCCCCAGGCCGCAGCAGCCUGCCUGGCUCCUCUCGCCGCCGGCUCCUCAGCUCCAGCAUCCAGGAAGCAGAAGGGGCCCCAGCCCUGCACAAAUCCUGCAGCACCUAUGACCAGGGGGAGCAAGACUCACCUCUCCUGAACUCCCUACUGAGAAGGAAUCUGUCCAAGAAAGCUUCUCAUGUGGAAAGCCAAGAGUCUGUGGAUGGGCCCCCUGCUUUGGGUUUCAGGUCAGCCAGCGCUCACAACUUAACAGUGGGAGAGAGACUCCCCAGAGCCCGGCCUACGUCUCUGCAGAAGUCACUCAGUGUGGUGACGGGCUCCAGGGAAAAGGCCCUGCUGGUGGCCAGCCAGGCCUACCUGGAGGAGUCCUAUCGGCAGGCGAAGGAGAGAGAGGAACGAAAGAAGGCUGAGUUGGCCAUUGCAAGCCCAGUGCGGAGGCCAUCAACUAGGAGGCUGGAGCGGGCUCCUGGGGCCCCCCUGUCAGCCCCACCUUCUCCUGCCAAGAGCAGCAGUAUAGACAGCUCGCAUAUGUCUGGGAGGCUUCGUGAGGAAGCUGGGAGAAAGCUACCUCACCCACCUAUCAGGCACCAGGUCUCCACACCCAUCUUGGCUCUGUCUGGAGCCUGUCUUGGAGAGCCAAGGAUGCUUUCUCCCACCUCGACCCUGGCUCCAGCUCUGAUGCCAGCUCUGGCCCCAACUCCAAGCCCUGUCCUUGCUCCUGUCCCAGUUCUGGCCCCCACCCCUACCCCUGUCCUUGCUCCUGUCCCAGUGGCCCCACAAAGCCCCAGCUUGCUCACCUACAUCUGCCCCUGGGAGAAUGCAGAACUGCCAGUCAAGAAAGAAAAUGUGGUCCAGGAAAAUCCCCCAGGGUCAGAGCGAGGUGGCCACUCUUCUGCUCCAGCUCGAGCCAAGCUCUGGAGGGCCCUGUCUGUUGCAGUAGAUAAAAAGGGUGCUGGGGAGAAUGAGAUUGACACAGAGGAUGGGCAUUUCCAGGGGGAAGCUGAUGUGGAUGAAGACAGGCCCAAGAUCUCUAAAUCCCAUAGCCUCAAGACCCCUGUGCAGCAGGGUUCCAUGCGCAGCCUGGGCCUGGCUAUCAAAGCUCUGACCCGUUCUCGGAGCACAUACAGAGAGAAAGAAGGUGGGGAGGGCAGUCCUGAGAAGAAGGACAGGCCUACGGGAUCAGGCAUGGGGGUUUCUCUCCGAUCUCCCCGCUUAGGCCGGCCCAAGGGAGUGAGCAAACAGGCUGCACUUGCCCCGUGCGAUGAUGAGGAGUCCCUCCAGAACCAACAGAACGUUCACACCAGCAGAAUGCUGCAAGUCUGUCACCAGGAGGGCAGCAGAGAACAAGAGGACAGAGGCAGGACAGCCCAGGGCCUAGGGGAGCAGAAGGUGGAGAGAGCAAGUAAAACAGGACUUGCCACACUGAAGCAAAUUUGGGGGGACAAACAUGCUGAACAAACAAAGGAAGCCAUUGUGGGAUGCCAAGAGCUACCCAAUGCUGGCCUCCAGUCCCUGGGCAGUACUGAUAGCAAGGUGGCAGAGGUAUGCCCCUGGGAAGUCACUGAGUCAGAAACAUGCCAGCCAGAUAGUAGUGACAAAACUAAAAUCUGCCCCUGGGAGGAGAGUGAAGGAGGCCCUGAGAGGAAGGCAUCAAGACAAGAUCUAGGUGACUCCCAAGAUAAGGUGGGGAAGGCUCCAGAAAAAUCAGAGCCCAGAGGAGUGGUUGUCAUUGCUCGGAAAAAGCCAGAGAGGCUGGUCAGGGGCCAGGAGGCAGUGUGUCCCUGGGAGAGUGCUGACCCUGGAGGUGCCUCCCAUGCAUCAGCUCCUCAGGACUCUGACAGAAUGCAGGGCAGGUCUGGGGAAGUAGGCAGUGUGGAGACAAGAACAGAGAAACAUCAGGGAGAAGCCCCAGGUCCAGGGGCUUGUUCACCUAACACUACUAAGGCAGAGCUGUGUCCCCCAGAGGUGAGGGAUGGGCAGGGAGGGACACUAACCCAGAAAGUAAAGGAGCUCCCUCAGGAAAGGCAGAAAGCCCCCAAGAAAGCAACCUUCUGGAGUGAACAGAAACUGGCUGGGAAUUUGGAGUCUCUCUGUCCAUGGGAGAGUACAGAUUUUCGGGGGCCCAUGGCAGUGUCACUUCCAGCCUCUGGAAGCCCAGGGCAGUCGGGAAGUUGGGGCAGUGGCAUUGUGGAAGUGUGUCCUUGGGAAGCAGGAGAGCUGCCUGCUAACAGGACAGCAGAGGUCUGUCCCUGGGAUACAGGUGAUGAGCGAAGAGAGGAGGAAACACUGAAUCAAGGGGCAAGUGGAGAAUCUCUUCUUCAUAAAGAUAACACUUCCAGGAAGGGGAUCUUAGGAGAGGUGGAGGAGAAAAUUGUGGAAGCAGUACCAACAGGAAGUCAACAGCAGGAGUCAGUGCUCAAGCCAGAGAAAAAGGAAGCAACACCUGCCACAGCAGAAAUCUGUCCCUGGGAGGUAGAUGAUGAGACAGAGAACUGGACAUUGAGACAGACACCAAAAGGAGGAGUCUCUCAAAUGGACAAGGAGAAAAUGCCUGGAAAAACAGGAAUUGAAGAUGUAACAGCAUGGAAAAAGUCUGAGGCACAGAACCAAAAGCAGCAAACAGUCUGCCCCUGGGAGAGUGUGGCUUCUGGCAGCUUUCCUACACAAGACACAGAGAGACCAGGCAGUAUGGGAAACAAAGCCACUGAGAUCUGCCCAUGGGAUAUAGAGGAUACCUGGACAGCUGAGAAAGCAAAGAUCUGUCCCUGGGAGGUAGAUGCUGGAGUAGCAGAGGAAAAGACUUUGGGAUAUGAGGCCAUUAGGAAAUCUCCAAAUGACACACAAGAUACAGAUUCUGGACCUAGUCAGACAGCAGCUCCUGCUCCAAAGAAGCCAGAGAGACCAGCUCUGAAGCAGGAAGUGGUCUGUCCUGGGGAGAGCUUGAGUCCUGGGGGCUUCUCUCAGCAUCCAGAUACUCCUCACACGGAUAGACCAAAACCUGAACUGCAGGAACUGGCACAUGUGGGCUACAAGCCAGUGGACGUGUGUCCCUGGGAAGUGGAGGAAGCUCCCACCAGUGAAAAAGUCAAGAUCUGCCCCUGGGAGACAAAUGAAGGAGCUACAAAGAAAGAAAUAGAGCAAGAGAUGAAUGAAUUGGCAAGAGAGGAGGAUAAAAUGCUAGAGAACAGGGAGCUCACAUCCCAGGAAGGAGGUCUAUCAAAACAGGAGGCAAAACUCCAAGAGCAGAAAGCUAUUUGUCCUUGGGAGGACACAGAUUUGAGAGAGCCAUCUGCUCAGACCCCUAAGGGCUCAGUCUUGCCCAGUAGCACUGGCAACCAACUGGGAGAGGGACAUUCCUCAAAAGUGAGUGACAAAGUAACAGAGAAGAGGGAUCUGAGACAAGACCCAAAGACAGGCUCCCUCCCAGAGCACGUGACUCCAAGAAAAGCUCCAGCUUUGACGGCAGAAGUUGUUACUCAAGAUGGGGGAAAAACAAGCAACAAUGAGCUUCAAUCUGUCUGUCCAUGGGAGAGUAUGGUAACAGCGGGAUCUUCCUCCCAGCCAGCCAGUCAGUGCCCUGACCAGCCUACAGUCAGUACCCAGAACCUGGUCACUACUGGGAGCAGGGUUGCUGAGGUGUGUCCAUGGGAUGUUCCUGUCCUAGAUGCAUAUAAACCUGACAGUAGCACCAAGGCUGAGAUCUGUCCCUGGGAGGUAACUGAGCAAAUAUCUGAGAAAAGAGCCUCGAAACAAGAUAGAAAGGAGGAAGUUCAAGAGACGGGAAAAGCCCUGGAAAAGCCUGAGCGCAAAGGUGUGGCAGUUCAGAAAAUGACAGAGAUGGCCGACCCCGGGAAGCAGGAGGCUGUGUGUUCUGGGGAGAGUCAAGACCAGGGGAGUCUGUCAAGUACUUCUAGUAGAAGCAAAGGCAGUUCUGAGACAGCAAGCUGCAUGGAGGCUAGCAUGGCCGAAGUAUGUCCGUGGGAAGCAGAAGAGGUUCCCUCUGCCAGGAAAGCAGACAUCUGUCCUUGGGAGGUAAAUACAGGAGCAGCAGAAGGAGAAGGAGAAGGGGGACUGAGACAGGACAGAGGAUCACAAGGGCAAGGAGAGGAAGGAUCCAGAGGGGCUGAAUGCUCCCCCAAAGCAGCAGCAAAACUUAGCAGUGAGUCAGCGACAGUGUGCUCCCGGGAAAGCCCAGGAUCGGGCAUCCAGCAAGAGGCUCUGGACACUGACAACGAAGCCAAGAUCAGCCCUGAUGGAGCAAGCAGCAUGAGGAGAAUAGCAGAGCUGUGUCAAUGGGAAGUCACAGACCCAGAAGGAAAUAAAAUAAAGGGCACCAUGGCAGACAUCUGUCCUUGGGAAGUAACUAGAGCCCCAUCAGAGGAAUCUGGCUUCCUGGCUUUAACAGCAACUGCAACAGAAAAUGUCUGUCCAUCUCCCGAACAAUCAUUAUGCCUUUUAGUUCACAGACCUCUGGAUAGCUUCUUUCCAGACUUCAAGAGCUCUCACCCUGAGGUAAGCGAGCCAUGGAGUACCUUUACACCAGAAGGUGUCAUUGAACUACAAGGACCUUCAGGGCGUGGGUCAAGGACCAACUUAACCCCAAAUUCAAGUCUCCAAGAAGCUGAGGGUCAGAAGUCUUCCCACUUAACUGAAGAUCAAGGACAAGUAGCUUCUCAAGCUCAAGAUGAAGAACUUGGUCCUCCACCCACCUACCCUUGGGACUGGGAGCAAUAG